GAAAUGGGGUCGCAAUUCAAAGGCUGGUCUUGACCUUGGAACAGGUAUCUUGAUGCCUCCGUGCGUCCUCUUUCCAUCUAUCAGACUUAAACACUUGUGGAUAUUGGCCCUAGCACUGAUAGUUUCAUUUAUCAUAGUCGAUCACCACGAUUUUUCGUUAGUUCCAAUCUGGGCUUUCCAUUUGAAUGGCACCAAACCUGUUCAAAAUUAUUCAAGUGAUAGUUAUGUUUUUCCAUCAAAUACCAUUGUUGAAUAUGUACACAAUGGUUACAGCACUUUCAUGUCAGUUGUCGCUUCUACCUCUGAAUAUAUUUCCUUUGAGCUUCCUAUGAUGGAAACCGUUGUGAAUUCAAUUUCUGGGCUUGAUUGGAAAGCAACUAAGUUUCUGGAAUUUCGGAAAGUUGUAGGUAAAGGCUUUCGUGGACAUACGUUGCGAAAACGAUCUCUCAACUACAAAAACAGACUAGUAACUAAUUAAUUUUUUCAAUAAUCACAGUAAUUGAUCAAGAUACACGUUGUUGUAGAGGUCUGCAGGUUAAAGUCGGACAUGAGGGAACUUGUUGUUGAAGUGGCACUAUACGACAACCGUUUUGUAAUGAUGUGGGAAAGACCUUUGUAUCGGAUACGAGAAGAAGAAUUCAUGACGGAUCCGAAAUCUACCUCAGUCUCCUUAUCAGUCGUUCCAACUUGUGGUUUAGUAUAUCCAAGACAAUGUGGAGUGGUUUUCGUUGGAUUUCCGACAAAUACCAUCCAUGAUGAUCAUUAUUCCACAAUAUCACUCUCGUUGGAAGAUGGCAUGGUGUUUUGGUAUCAUUUGGCUGGCGAUUUCGAAGGCUCGUCAAGAAAGUUUCAUGAUUUAAUAUCGAAAAACUGGAAAUUAAGUCUGUCGAAGCAGUUUCAGUUCAGCACACAUGGUGAAUCACCGUGGAUAGAAUAUAGAGGCUGUCUUUCCCAAGUUUUGCCUGUUCGUUGGUUCGGCAUGUAUAGCAGCGAAAUCCAUCUUGUAUAUGCAGCAAAAGAUUCCAGAUACGAUUUCGGAGGUCGUCUGCCUGACCCAAAUGCAAUAGCAGUCAUCCAUCCAUUAGGUCUGGAUCUUCUGGAUUCGAAGUCUGGACGUCCACUUACUACUAUCGCAUUAAAAUGGAAAGUCGGAUCAGUAUACGCAAUCCUGUCCACUUCAGCAUCAAACAACUUUAUUCAUUGGAAGCUAGGAUUGCCCACUAUCUACGAAAUACGAGUUUCUUCACAAAUUACCGAGUAUCCAUCAAGUGGUUUACGAGUGAAAAUACAUCAUGCUUCUGAUGAAACUAAAGCAUCUCUUGAAAGUGAUUUUUCACAUACCAUUGACUGUCAAGGACUUUUCAUUCGUUAUGAAUAUUCAUCUAAUAAUUGGGAGUUAGACAAAUCUGUGUAUUCAAAUUCACUGUUCGAGGUUCAUUCAUCCACAUUCCAUGGUUUAUGUCGACCAUUCAAACUAUGGGAGUAUGCCAGACUGGGUAGAUCAGAUUGGCAAGAGGACGAAAGAAAAUCACUUCCACCAAUUGUUGUUAAAAGGCAUAGUGAAAUAUCAAGUUUGGCUGGAUUGUGGCACUCACUGUUGAAUAACAAAGGUGGUGAAUUCGAUUUGCAUAUACGAAAUCAACGUCUAACUUAUUUGAACGAACACGAAUAUCAUGACAUUUUCUUUUUAACUUCGGAUGGAACUAUUACUUCUGUAUCAAACCACGGUCAUGAAAACUGGCGAGUAAAUUCUGACGUCUCCUGGUUACAAGUCUCACGCACAUUGAGAAAUUUUGAAUCUCCUGGCGGUGAAAGAUCUGUUGACCGGAAUUUGAGUGACCUGUAUAUAAAGCAUUUUCAUCCUGCAUUGAUUGCCGUUGAUCUAACACCGCUAGGCACGGUAUAUAUGCGUAACUUGAAUAUGUUUCCCCAAAGUAAGCCUGUCGUAUCAGUAAUGCCCCUAAUCGUAUCUGUCGGUUGGGAUUCUGUCAGUAUUGUUGAUCGAUCGAAUGGAAAGUUUUUGGCUACACACAGGCUUCCAACUCAACCAACUGGUCAACCUAUAGCUGUUCCACUUGUGCUGCACAAUGCAACAAAACCGUUGGAGGUGGUUUAUGCCCUGAGUCUACUGUUGGUUCCGUGCAAUGAUUUAAUCGUUGGUUUCGUUGUAGUUCAGAGUUUGCGUGUAUGGAUUCUGUUACCGUUGAUAGUUAGUUUGGUUAUAUCAUUUUCCGUGCUAACCUUGUGUUGUGAUUUAGAUGCACGAAAUACGGGGAGUACAUAGCUGUUUCACGAAGAGGCUGUAUAUUCACACACAUGGUGUUUUGUAUUUUCUUAUUUUCAUGCAAUCUUUAAACUGUUAUAUUGCUAACAUUGGUUUGACUCCUUGUAUAUAUUGAGAAAAGUGUGUUUAAGCUGUCCGGAACUUUGUCAGUGUUGUUGUUGGUUGAACUGGAUGUUAUGCAGUGAUCCGUUUUAGUCUUACCAAAUAAUUUCCAAUUAUUACUUAUUUUUGUUUGUAUAUUCUAUGUAAAUAUUUCUUGCUAUACGUAAUAGUAAAAAUAAUUACGAGGAGUUGGCUUUUCACGAAAUAUUUAUAGAGCAAAAUGAUCGGAAGUUAUUUUACUUGAGUUUUACCUUGUUUACAAAAAAAAACGUUAAAAUAUACACAAAACAAUCGCCUACUAAAUAAAUUUAACAAAAGUAAAGG